GUUAUUGAAUCACUAGGGAUUAUUAUAUAUAAAGCCCUGGACUAUGGUUUGAAGGAGAAUGAAGAGCGGGAAUUAAGUCCUCCACUGGAGCAGCUUAUUGACCACAUGACUAAUACCACAGAAGCAGAUGGGAGUAGGGAUGAAGGAUAUGAUGGUUUGGAUGAAGGAGUGGAGGAUGAUGACGACGACAAAGAGGAAGUUGAGGCCAUUCAUUCCUAUAAAGAUGUCAUGAAGCUGUGUGCUGCUCACUUGCCAACCCGAUCAGAGGCACCGAACCACUAUCAAGCAGUAUGUCGGGCUCUGUUUGCUGAAACAAUGGAACUGUACACUUUCUUGGCCAAAAUUAAAAGUGCAAAAGAGAAUCUGAAAAAGAUUCAAGAAAUGGACAAAGAUGCAAGUGAUGAAUCCAGCGCAGAUCUUGAUGACUUAAAAAAUGCUGACUGGGCUCGUUUUUGGGUACAAGUGAUGCGAGAUUUGCGGAAUGGUGUUAAACUUAAGAAAGUUCAAGAGCGUCAGUACAACCCACUCCCAAUAGAAUAUCAGCUCACACCCUAUGAAAUGCUGAUGGAUGAUAUCAGAUCCAAACGCUAUACCUUAAGGAAGGUGAUGGUCAACGGUGACAUUCCACCUCGAUUAAAAAAGAGUGCCCAUGAAAUAAUCCUGGAUUUCAUCCGAUCACGACCUCCAUUAAAUCCUGCCUCAGCAAGAAAACUGAAACCAACCCCACCACGGCCACGCAGCCUUCACGAGAGGAUACUGGAGGAAAUCAAGGCAGAGAGGAAGUUACGUCCCGUCUCACCUGAUGAGAUAAGGCGUAGCAGGCUGGCAAUGCGGCCACUUAGCAUGUCUUACAGUUUUGACUUGUCAGAUGUGUCCACACCAGAGGCUGGAAGAAAAUUAUUGGAUGCCUCUGUAGUGAAUGGUGGCGUGGCACAAGGAAAGCAGAAUGGGGCCGCCCAAGUGACAGUACAACGCAAGAGACUCCUGAAGGCUCCUACGUUGGCUGAACUUGACAGCUCAGAUUCAGAGGAAGAAUCAGUGCACAAAUCAGCAAGUAGCAGCAGCAUCUCUCCCUCGCAAGCAGAAGACCCCUCUCAAGAAGGCACCAGCAGCAGAAAGAUGCCUCCCAAGUUCUUGCCCAUAUCCUCUACACCACAGCCCGAGAGACGGCAGCCACCUCAGAGACGACACUCCAUUGAAAAGGAAACGCCAACCAAUGUGAGACAAUUUCUACCACCUUCAAAACAGAGCUCCAGAUCACUUGAGGAGUUCUGUUACCCAGUGGAAUGUCUGGCUCUGACGGUGGAGGAGGUCAUGCACAUCCGUCAGGUGCUGGUGAAGGCGGAGCUGGAGAAGUACCAGCAGUACAAGGAUGUCUACACUGCUCUCAAGAAAGGAAAGCUCUGCUUUUGCUGUCGAACGAGAAGGUUUUCCUUCUUCACCUGGUCUUACACCUGUCAGUUCUGUAAGAGGCCUGUAUGCUCACAGUGUUGCAAAAAAAUGCGCUUGCCAUCAAAGCCAUAUUCUACUCUCCCCAUCUUCUCGCUGGGACCUUCCACCUUGCAAAGAGGAGAAAGCUUUAUGAGGCCAGAGAAACCCUCUACCAGUCACCACCGAUCGCUGCGGAGCAUGUCCAGGUUGACCUCAAGGUCCAAAUCUGUGGAUAAGUCACACGAAGAGUUUCCCAAAGAACUAAUGGAGGACUGGAGCACGAUGGAGGUGUGCGUGGACUGCAAGAAGUUUAUUUCAGAAAUCAUCAAUUCAAGCCGGCGCAGCCUGUCUCUGGCCAACAAGCGAGCCAGGUUAAAAAGGAAAACGCAGUCCUUCUACAUGUCAUCGCCGGGAACCUCUGACUACUGCCCCUCUGAAAGGACUAUCAACGAGAUCUGAGCCUUGUGCCUUUCCUUUGCUUUUGUCUUCGUGAGGUCAUCAUCCACAAGCAAGGUCACUGAAACCGGAUCAUUGUUCCGUUGCUUCGUUUCACUCGCCUGGCUUGGAUUGGCAUUAGAUCACAGCAUUUCCUACUCCGGCAGUUCCCAGAGACAGGGAACGCUGUGUUUAGAUCCGUGCAGAACGAUACGCAACGGGUCGGCUGCUCGCGCUGGAAGAAAGUCGAUAGUUUGAAAUUGUUGCCUCUUUCGUAUGCGUGCAUUGAAACUAGAA